AGUCUCAAAAUAAGCACGUUCAGAGCUUGCAGAGAGACGAGGAGGGGAGGAGGUUCACUUUCCACUCAGAAGCGAGGGCCACGCUGCCCACAGACAUGCAUCAGCCUUGUCCUCAGACAUGAUGCAGGAUCCCGCAGCCCUCGGCACUGAGCAGAAAGCAGGGCCUCGGGGCAGAUGAUCGCAGGAGACAUCUUCCCACAGAGGCUGAAGCUGAUUUGGGAAAAUAUGUGGUGUCGUAGCCCCCGUCCUGACCUCCCCACCAUCCUGUUGUGGAUGCUUGGUGCCAGUGCAGCCACCCAAGACUUCUGCAGCUCUCCAGGUGACCUCCCAGCUCCUGAGCUGUUCCUGAAUGUGAUCAGCGCUCAGGAGGGAAAACUGGUUUUGGCUCACUGCUCCCUGGGUGGGGAGUUUCCCGCUACCCAAAUCAUUUUCUGCAAGGAUGGGAUGGAGGUGUACAGCCUGAAAGCCGUACGGGGACAACUGAGUUACUCCAUUGCCCUGAAGGCCUCCCAGGAGAGCACGGGGAGGUACACGUGUGGGUACCAGCACAAGGAUGGGAGCAACCGGGUGAGAAGCUCUUCCCUCAGUGCUCCCCGGGACCUGGCAGUCGCAGGCACUGCCACCACUCCCAGCACCAGCCCCCAGGAAAAGCCAUCGCCCGGAGCACCCACAACAGGCAUCGCACUGGGCGUGGUGGCUGCCUCCCUCCUCCUGCUCCUGCCUCCAGCAACGUAUUUCACCGUGAAGAAAUUUGCCUGUGAAGGGAGAAACCAGAGAUGUCAAUAUUGAUGAACUGGGCAGAGUUAAGGUCAACAGAUCAAGCUGUGAGGAAGAGUCAUUGAACGCCAAUAGAGGGAAAGCGAGAGAUGACUCAGCCAGAUUCUGAGUUAUGCAGCACAUGAGAUGGCAUUUGCAUGGAUUGCUUGAGCUGCCUCUCCCCUGCGAGGAUUUGUAUUUGGGGGCAGGAUCCUGGGACAAGGGGCUGGACAUUUCCAGAGGGGCUCAGGAUGCCUCAUUCCCAGCUGGCGAUUCUCCUGUCCUCCAGUGACUCUGGGCUUUGGCUCUCCUGGGGGAUGUGCACUUAGGGAGCCGCCAGAAGAUCCAGAGACCUCUCUCCACAAAAUGAGCCUGCUCCCAGCUUUGUGAAGAGCGAGUUGUGCAGGCAGGGGUGGCAUCCACACAGCUUAUCUGGGAAUGGCUGGGAAACACGGGGAAAGCAUGAAAGCUCUGCAAGCUUUAAAUAAAAGUAGGAAUUUCC